AUGGCGGAACUGACGGGUGUCUAUGAUUUUACGAAGGAUAAUUUUCGUGUGUCAGCUGACAUGAAAAAGAAUUUCGAGGAUGAUGGGUAUAUUUUAGUCAGGGAAUUUUUUAACGAUAAAGAAAUGACAAAUCUGCGUAAGGUCUUCGAAGAGUCGGACCUUGUUGACAAGCAUGGGUUGAAAGUUGGCGAUGGAUCAGGUAAGAAAACUAAAAUUGCACUGUGGACCCAUCCUGGAAGUGACGUAUCUGGAAUGAUGGCAAGAUGUGACAAGAUCGUAAAUACCUGCGAGGAACUGCUGGGAGAGGAAGUAUACCACUACCAUGGCAAAUUACUCUACAAAGACGCCUUCACUGGUGGAGCUCACCUUUGGCAUCAGGACUACGGGUACUGGUACAGGAACACGUGUCUAUUCCCAAACAUGAUGACGGUGUUCAUUGCCAUUGACAAGUGUGCCAGGACAAACGGAUGCUUACAGAUCCUACCUGGGUCACAAAAGUGUGGUCGGAUUGACCACGUAAUGGUCUCUGGUCAAAUGACUGCCACGGCAGAGCGCGUGGAGGCAGUGAAAAACGUUUGUCCACUUGCGUAUGUAGAGAUGGAACCAGGUGAUGCAUUGUUCUUCCACUGUAACCUGCUACACUGUAGUUCCGCUAACGACAGCCCUGACAGGAGAUGGGCCUACCUGAUAGCGUACAAUACUAAGGCAAACAACCCAGUAGUUCCCCACCACCACGCCCAGUAUACACCCAUCCAAAGGGUCCCUAACAGUGCCGUAGAAGAGUGUACCAACUAUACUGACUUCACCGACAAAGAAUUCCUGACUGGACAUGAGUCUAAACUAACAUCUAAGUUCGACAAAAGCGAGACAUAA